AAAAAUCACUGGUAUUCAUGCCCAUUACCAUUGUUCCCUAUUGAACUGAACCUCUUUAUCUAUUAUCAACUUACCUGAAAAAAAGGUACUCGCAAAUUUUCUAAUUUCUCUGUUUCCUUUCUUCGGCGCCUUUUUUUUGGGGGGGGGACGAGAGAGAGAGAGAGAGAGUUGUCUGUGUGCAAUGUGUGCACGAGUUAUAUAGUGCAGCAGAAUGUUAAUGGGCCUAUGUUUUUACAACAGAAUAUUCCAACUUGGAAGCUCCCCAUUUUGCGUAAACACGCUUAGCCGUCUCGGAUCUCUCUGCAUUCCACAAUUUUAAUGACAAGGUCGUCGUCUGCUUCGAACUCUACGACAACGAGCACCCAUUCACCUUACAAAGCCAUCAUGACCAGUGUACCGAAAUCAAAGAGAAGAAAGAAACCUUUGACUGCAGCCAUGCUCAAGCGAACAAUCAGUACGGCAACAACCAACACAACAGCAGACGCGGACGAUUCCGACUAUGAGAAAAUCAAUGCCUCGUCGUCCGAUUCUGUGAACAACAAGCCUGGUGUUACUAACCAUAAUGGACCACUACCACCACCACCGCCACCAUUAGCAACAGCAGCAGCAACGGGCAAUGUCGAGACUGCUGUUCCUCCCUCCACUAUUACCACAACGGCCACCACAGCAACCACAAUGACGAACAGUAUUAGUACUAUGAACAGUGCAACGGCAACGGAAACAACUUCUACGUCGACUAAAAAGAAAAAGAAGAAAAACAAGAACAAGGGCAAGGCGCACGACGAGUUUUGGUCUAAUACAAGUAAUACUGAAGAACGACAGAAGAUUCGGGAGUUCUGGUUGCAGUUACGAGAAGACGAACGACGCUCGCUGGUCAAGGUCGAAAAAGAAGCUGUCCUGCGAAAAAUGAAGGAACAACAGCGGCAUAGUUGUAAUUGCUCCGUAUGCGGCAAAAAGAGAUCGGCCAUUGAGGAUGAACUCGAGGUCCUUUAUGAUGCCUAUUACGAAGAACUCGAACAGUAUGCAAACAACCAGCAGCACUCUCGGAAUAACCCCCUGGCCGGCUCGUACCCUCCGUCAGAAACCAUGUAUGAAGAAGAUUACCUGGAAAACAACGAUCACUUUUGUCAGGAAGAUGACGAUGACGACGACGAGGAAGAUGAUGAAGAGUAUGACGACGAGAUCUAUGAAGAUGACGACGACGAGGAUGACGAGGAUGACGAUGACGAUGUCAGCCAGUCAGACCGAUCCGACUUAGCUUCCGACGAUGGAGAUGAUGACGAUGAUGUUCAAUACAAUGGCCACAUGACUCGUACUGCAAGUUUUAACAACAGUAUCGAUCACCUUAACUUUGGGAAUAGCCUUACCGUCAAAGGUGGCAUACUUACAGUUGCUGACGAUUUACUAAAGAACGAUGGCAAAAAGUUUCUCGACAUGAUGGAACGUCUCGCUGAACGACGGAUAAAAAAGGAAGAAGUUAAUUUAGACCAGGCAGACGAGUAUUAUGAAGAGGACGAAGAUGACGAUGAAGUAUACGACGACGAAGAAGACGAAGAGUCUUUGCAAGAUACGCGAACUGAAGAGCAGCGUAUGGAAGAAGGCCGUCGUAUGUUCCAAAUAUUUGCCGCUCGAAUGUUUGAGCAGCGAGUCCUUGCAGCAUACCGGGAAAAGGUUGCGCAGGAGCGACAGCAGCGUCUCAUUCAGGAGCUUGAAGAAGAAGAUCGACUGCGCCAGGAACGCGAGCUUAAGAAGCAAAAAGAAAAGGAGCGCAGACGUGACAAGAAACGGUAACUAAUUUUCUUUCUUACAUACUAAAGCAGAAGUGGUAUGAUCCCGGAAGCUAAAACAAGACCGUGAUGGUUAUCUCUAGUCAAUUGAAGAAGCAAAAAGAAGAGGAGCGGUUAGCAAAAGAAGCACAACGCAAGGCUGAAGAAGAAAAGGCACGUGCUGAACGGGAACGACGACUUGUAGUCGAGCGCCAGAAGCGAGAACAAGAACGCCUUCGACGAGAAGAGGAGAAACGACAAAAAGAACAAGAGCGGAUACAUCGUGAAGAAGAAAAGCGACGACGGUUAAAAGAAGAAAAAGAACGAGCUGCAGAAAAGGAGCGAAAACGAAAGGAGCGCGAACAGAAGGAACG